CUCGCCACAACUCGGAACUGCAGUCAGCACGCCAUUUGUUUCUAACGUUGUUCUCUGACGCGACGGAACUUGCUUCAAGUUUUCCCGCGAGUCUGGUGUUAGACUCGACUGGUCGGGAGUCCUUCUGGGUUUUAUUUCUUGUAUGGUUUGCCAUAAACAUCCACAAUGACAGGCGUUUACGAGUCUCCGAAACCCAGAAUCAAUGCGUCGAUGUUGGCUCAGUACAUCGGUCGACCAGUCAGCUUCGUCGGACGCUUGGAAAAGGUGCAUCCAUCAGGAAAGGCUCUUACGCUGUCAGAUGGAGAAGGAAAGUCUGCAUCGGUGGAGCUCAAUGAUCCUCUGGAUGAAGAGCUGAGUGGGAUUGUGGAGGUUAUUGGGAUGGUGUCGAACAAAGGAACACUUAUGGCUGUUUCAUAUGCUCCGUAUCGAGAGGACACAAUCUCUUUCGAUCUGGAGCUGUACAAUGAAGGCCUGAAAGUUCUCCACGAUUUCCCCCAGCGUUACCCGUUUGAGGUGUCGUUAAGUGGUUAAACGCAACACUCGUUUAUUUGCCUUUUACAGUUUCUGGAGAAUUGGAUAUUUACUGUGUUUGCAAAAAAAAAAACCGAUGUAAACGUUAUGUUUUUGUUACUUGAAAUAAAGCCUUAAACCCCUGAUCGCAUUAUUGACCAUCCAUUGACAAAAUAAGGUUGGAAUUCGUCUACUGAAUUACAACAUGCAUUU